AUGUAUAGUGCGGUUUUAGGUCCUAGUCCAGCAUAUUUCGGUAAAUGCCAUAUUAAAGGCAUGCAUGCGGUGUUCGAACUUUUGGAAAUAUACCUAUUUUUAGAAUACCAGGCUACCAUAAGAAUGGCGGAGAAGAAGAACGAAUACCCAGCAAGCGUGGAGGCGGAUAGGCGCCUGUUGCCUUUCGAGUCAUGGGAAGAUUAUUUAGAUUCACUUAUUGAAAUUGCUGACCUGCGAAACCUCAGGAGCAUCGGUUCUGCUCGAACUAUUGCCGCGUUUGGUUAUAGAGCCAACGGAGACACGUUACAAGAGAAGGAAUUCUAUAAACGGCGAAAGGUAAUCCACAGUAUAGUGUUCCCGGUGGUCCAACCCUACGUGCUGGUGAGUGAAGGAGCCGACCUGGAGGACCCUUUUAAUAGGGAACUAGCUGUUAGGGAGCGGGCGAACAGAGUCGGCAUUUUGCAAUCGAUAAUUUUCAUUCGCCACUUCACUAAGGGUGGUUUCGAAAUAUCCGGUUACAUUGAUUACGCUCAUCGGUUGAUCGCGGAGAAUUGGGGGCCGUUUUUUAAGAGCAACAAAAUGCUGUGGCCAAGGGACAGUGACCUGGGCUACUAUCAUUGGAGGCAUGGUACCGUGAGGAGCAAUAUUAGCAGGAAUUAUAAGCCCGUAAUGGACCCAGAUCGUGGCCUCCUGUUUCAAAACCGACACGAUCAUAAAAUAAUUUGCCCCGACCCUCAACAGGAUCCCGGUCAGAACACAACGAAACAGCGCAUAUAUUCACCGAGGUACACGCAAAUUGAACUAUACGACCAUGUUGUUAGAAGAAAGAGCUGAUAAAAGGCCUCCUUCGACAAUUUAUAUGUACAAACACGAUAAAUAUUUGAUUUAGAAGCUUUGUAGCUAAAUUUACAAACAGUUUCGUAGUAUGAAAUAAGCAAGACUGUUCAUUGUUAGAAUAAAAUACAGGAGGAGUUCAAUGGAACAGG